AUGGAAACGAAUCAAAAUUCGGAAAAUAUUCAAGCAGGUGAAUCGAGUGGACCUGUUGUUUUAAAUACGAAUGCGAAAGUACUCGAAGUUGGUGGUUUUCCUUGCUUCGACCCCAAGGGAGAUCCAAAUACACUAUCAAUUCGCUGGAGAAGAUGGAAACGCGCUUUCAACCUGUAUAUGGUGUCAAAAGGAGUUACAAAUGAACAGCAAAAAGUUGCUUUGUUAUUACACUCCGGAGGAAUGGAAUUACAAGAACUGUAUUAUACUUUAAAGCCAGAUAGUGAAGAUAACAAUCUUCAGGAAUGUUUGAACGUUUUAGAUGCAUAUUUUACACUUAAAGUAAAUGUGCCUUUUGAAAGGCAUAUGUAUCGACAAAUGCAGCAAAAAGAUAAUGAAACCAUAGAUCAGUUUGUUUGUCGACUUCGACAAAAGUCUAUUUCAUGCGAGUUUACCAAUGUAGAUGAAGCAAUUCGUGAACAAAUUAUUGAAAAAUGCAGAGACCCAAAGCUUCGUCGAAAGUUUCUUGAAAAGACAGGUACAGUAACUUUAUCUGUGCUUCAAGACACGGCUAGAGUUCACGAAACUGUAAACACACAAAUGCAAUCUAUGGAUAGAUCAGGUACAAAUCAAGUACAUGGAAUAUUCCAAAGUAAUCGAAGGGGGAAAGGAAAGUAUGGUGCCAAAUCAGAUGACCGUGCAUCUGAUGGAAAACAUAAAGAGGGUAGGAAAUGUUAUCGAUGCAAUAUGACAGGACACAUCGGACGAGAUAAAAGCUGUCCUGCAAUAAGUAAAACAUGUAAAAAGUGUGGAUUGGUGGGUCAUUUUGCAGUUUGUUGUCGUACUAAAGCCCCAAAGAAACCCUCAAAUGGAAAACAACGUCAAGAUGGAGCUUAUCAAGUAGAGGAAGAGAAACAGAAACCAGAAACGGACAAUUAUGCUUUUGUAGUUAAACCUGCUGGUGAAAAGACAGGUGGAGUUGUUGAUCUUAUCAUUGGAGGUGUGGAGUUAAAUAAUGUCCUUAUCG